CCUAUCAACCGUUUUUUUCCCGACGUCACGUAUAAAUAUCCCGGUGUUUCCUGACGAGGAUGUACAUGUAGUUCUCCGCUGUCUUCUACGUGCAACACAACAAACAAAAGGGCUCCCACAGAAGCCGAGGAUAUGUGUCGGUCAGUCCUCUUCGCCCUGCUCGGCCUGGGUCUCGGGCUUGUAAAUUCAUUUCCCACCGAGGAGCCAGACGGUGGAAAAAACUGGGUUGUUAUUGUAGCCGGUUCCAACGGCUGGUACAACUACAGACACCAGGCUGAUGCUUGCCAUGCCUACCAGAUUGUCCACAAGAAUGGCAUCCCAGAUGAGCAGAUUGUGGUUAUGAUGUACGAUGACUUGGCAAACAGUGAGGACAACCCCACCCCUGGAAUAUUGAUCAACAGGCCAAAUGGCACAGAUGUGUACAAGGGAGUUCCUAAAGACUACACCGGGGAGGAUGUCACCCCUGAAAACUUCCUGGCAGUGCUGAAGGGCGACUCUUCAAAAGUCAAAGGCGGCUCUGGAAAAGUGUUGAAGAGCGGGCCCAAAGAUCACGUGUUUGUUUACUUCACUGAUCACGGGGCCCCAGGCAUUCUGGCCUUCCCUAAUGAUGAUCUCCAAGUUGACGACCUCCAAACAACCAUUAAAUACAUGCACACAAAUAAGAAAUACAAAAAGAUGGUGUUCUACAUCGAGGCGUGUGAGUCGGGAUCAAUGAUGAACCACCUGCCUGCUAACAUUGACGUGUACGCCACCACAGCUGCCAACCCUCAUGAGUCCUCUUACGCCUGCUACUAUGACGAGAAGAGGGACACGUACCUGGGAGACUGGUACAGCGUUAACUGGAUGGAGGACUCUGAUGUGGAGGACCUGUCAAAAGAAACCUUGCUAAAGCAGUUCAAGAUCGUAAAGAGCCACACAAACACCAGCCACGUCCAGCAGUACGGAAACAAGACUCUGGCCCACAUGAAGGUCGUAGCAUUUCAGGGAAACCACAAGGCAAACAGCCAGCCAGCUCCAAUGACCCUGCAGCCAAUUACAAACCUCGACCUGACCCCGAGCCCUGACGUUCCUCUGGCCAUCCUCAAGAGGAAGAUGAUGGCCUCCAAUGAUAUCACACGUGUAAGAGGGCUGCUGAUGGAAAUCAACGCUCACCUCAAGGUCAGAGAGAUGAUGGCUGAGACGAUGCGCCAAGUUGUCGAGAAGGUGACCGGCGACAAGCUCAAGGCCGAGGAGAUUCUCAACGAGAGAGCCGAACUGUCCCAGCAUCAGUGUUACAAGGCUGCGGUUAACCACUACAAACACAACUGCUACAACUGGCACAAAACUGAGUUUGAAUACGCUCUGAGGCAUCUGUACGCUCUGGUGAACAUGUGUGAGAGAGGAUACCCUGCAGAAAGAAUCCAGUUGGCCAUGGACUCAGAAUGUCAUUUCAGCAAGUAAACAGGAUUUCUAUAAAUCCAUUAAAGCCUCAGAUCAAUCUGGUUCUUCACGCAGGAAGACCCGAGCAGACGAGGCGUCUCUUUGCACUUCUUACCAAUCAAUCUGACGUGGAGUCAACGUUAUUCUUUUAUCAAUACACUAUAACUUUUUUUUUUUUUUUAAAGAUUUGUGAAGUUUUUUUUGAUUUUAGUGAGAUUUUUUUUUACUUGUUUUUAUGGUGAGUUGCACUAUCACUGUGAAUGGUUUGUGGAUGAUAUUUUACUGCUUCUGAUUCAAGAUAUAUUGAUGAAAAUUUGCCCUCAGCUUUAUUAGCAGCUCUCAGCUUUAUGAAUGUUUGAUUGACAUGUUAAGGGCAAACCACUAAACACUGAAUGUUUGUUGAUCCUGAAGAGACUUUGCUGUAAUACAAGGAUCUUGAAAUAAAAUCCAACAGACCAAAA